AUGGCGCGCUUGCGUCGCCUUCGCUGGCCGAUUCUAGCCAUCGUCUUUAUAGUGACUGUCUUAUCAUUCUUCGGCAACGUUAGGCGAACCUUCGAGAUUCCUAUCGAGCAAUCAUUCGGGGAGCCCAUCGAGGAGUCGCUUCGAGAACCCGUCGAGCAACCAACCGACCCGAUACCUUCGCCGCCUGAUGACGAAUCUUGGACGUUUGAUGUGAAAAGGGAUAGUCUUAAUUAUGGGCUUUCCGACAGCAAAUGCGAGAAUGCAUUCCCUGAUCUAUACCAAGAACUCGACCGCGCCCGAGAUUUUCUUCUAGAGCAAAAUAAACGAGUCAAGGAGUCUGACGUCCAGAUCGACGCAAAGAAAGAUUAUACCGGUCUCUCGCACGGCGAAUUCCACGUUAUGAUUUCGAAUGGCGAACUAUACGUAAUAAAGGAGAAGAAAGGCGAACCGGAUCGCUCCCGCGGCCUCGCAGCUCUCGCAAACAUGUAUCGCGCUAUAACUGCUAUCCCUGAUCCUCGGUCACUUCCGAAUGUCGAAUUCAUCAUCGAUAUUGAAGACAGAGCAACCAGAGGGGAAAAGAAUGAGGAGCGUAUCAGAUGGACCUGGGCGCGCGAAGAAGAUAAUGAGUGGUUAUGGGUUAUGCCCGACUUCGACGGAUGGAGCUAUCCCGACGAUGGUGUAGGGUCCUACGUGCAGUUCCGCGAGGAUGCGACGGAGCUGGAAGCUCAAUAUGCCAACGGCUGGGAUGAUAAAGAGGACAAAUUAUGCUGGCGUGGGAGUCUGGCUGUGAAUCGUAAGCUACGAACCGCCUUGGUAGAGGCUUCGAAAGGUUACGAUUGGAACGAUGUCGAACCUAUCGAUUGGCAUAACCGCUCGAAUAUCAUGGCUAUGAAAGAGUUUUGUCGUUUUAAAUAUGUUGCCCACACCGAAGGUAAUUCGUGGAGUGGACGACUGCGAUAUCUACAGAAUUGCGAAAGCGUCCCGAUAAUUCAUCAACUAAAUUACAUCUUCCACUACCAGCCUCUUUUGAAAGACAGCGGGCCUCGUCAGAAUUAUGUCAAAGUAAAACGUGAUUGGUCGGACUUGAAAGCGCAGAUGGAUGGACUCAUGGCGGAUCCCGAUCGAGCACGACGGAUCGCGAAAGAGUCUGCGAAAGUAUUCCGAGAUCGCUAUCUCACACCGGCUGCCGAGGCUUGCUAUUGGCGGCGGAUGAUUCGCAACUGGCGCGCCGUGAUGGAUUUCGAGCCGCGGCGGUACGAAACUAACGAUGAUGGCGUGAAGGUCAGAAGAGGCGUGAGUUGGGAACGGUUUGCCUUUAGGCAGAACAAGAGCUUCGAGCAUGGAUUCUGGGAAUCUGACAACGGCGAUACGAACGGAGCCGAGUGA